CAAAUGCAAACAAGUUAACUAAAUAUGUUUUAAACUAUUCGCGCUGUCUUAACGUAAAGGCGAUUUUGACUCCCUUGACCAGACACACCAUUAGUAUUUUGUUAUACAAGCAAGCGGAGAAUGUCACAAUCGGGCAUUGACGACUGUCGUGAUAUUUUUUCUCUGUAUGACCGUGUUGGAGACAAUAAGAUACGUGUCGAACAUUUGGGGGAGGUUUUGCGUGCGUUGGGUUCAAAUCCGACGGAAAGCGAAGUCGCAAAAUUAAGACAGCAGUUUAAGAUUGGCAAAGAUGUACGCAUUUCGUUUGAAAUGUUCUGGUCUAUUUUUCAAGCCACAAAACCCCGAGUAAUUACACCAGCUGUUAAAAACUCCUUCGUUGAGUGUUUCAAGGUGUUCGACAGAAAUGAAAAUGGUUUAAUAAGUUCUGCCGAAUUCCGUCAACUUCUCACGAACCUCGGCGAUAAAUUGACUGACGCAGAAGUUGAUCUUCUUUUGGCCGGUCACGAAGAUCAAAAUGGUCAAGUACAAUAUGAAAAUUUAGUAGACAUAAUAACAUCGGUGUAAACGUUCACAUAAAUUAUAUUGAACUGUUUCAUUGAACAUUUUUACCUUACAAUUUAUCGUUGGAAAAUAAAAGAUGACUUAGACAUACAAUUAUUCAUACAUAUGUAAACAAAUAAAUGACACUUGAGUAAUA